AUGAAAGACAACGCCGAGUCGCCCGAAUCACCAGUAUUAUCAGACUCCAAACCAGUAUCCGGUGAACCACCGAGUUUCGUAAACGCUUUUAGAGUUUUUCAAGAGUACUAUGCGAAAAAUAUGCUCGCCAAUAAAUUAGCAUCAGGUAUUUCAUGGUUUGGAUCUUAUAAUGUUUUUGGCAUGAUUGGCGGAACAUUUGUUUCUGGAUAUUUAAAUGACAAAUAUGGCCCAAAGUGUCGUGAUGCUUCUCGCUCUGUUCAUGACUCUCUUUGCAAAGAGUACUACCAAUUUUUUUACGCCCAAGGCUUCUUACUCGGCAUCGGUAUUGCGUCUGUUCUUCUUCCAGCUUUCUCCAUAGCAGCUCAAUACUUUACCAAAUAUCGAGGUCUGGCACUUGGAAUUGUAAUAUCAGGAUCAUCGUUAGGGGGUGUUAUUUGGCCAAUUGCUCUGAACAAACUUACAUCCGAAGUUGGCUUUGGAUGGGGCAUCAGAGCACCCAUCCAGACGACUAAUCAUAUCAAGGCAAAACCAGAUUUUUCAUGCGUCAAAAAUCCUGUCCUGAUUUUACUCGCAGUCGAACUUUUCUUUGUUUACUUUGGCCUCUUCACCCCUUUCUUCUACAUCGAGCUUUGGGCGUUGUCUCUUGGACUGGAUAGUAAUUUUGCGCUCUAUACGAUCAGCAUAGUCAAUGCAGCAAGUCUAUUCGGUCGUAUCAUACCAGGGUUAUUGGCUGAUCGAUUUGGCUGUUACAAUAUCGCCGUUAUGGCUGCGAUUUCGUCCGGCUUAGUCUGUACAUGUAUGAUCAAAGCUACUUCUGUAGCUGGAAUCACCAUGUUUUCUCUGGCUUAUGGAUUUACCUUAGGAGUAAUCAUUAGUCUUCAAGGAGUUUGUGCAGCAAAGCUUGUAUCGCCGACACAAUAUGGAAUUGCAAUCGGUUUCGUCAUGACGGUCCUCUCAAUCGCCGGGCUUGUGGGCUCACCCACAAACGGGAAGAUUCUCCAUGUUUGGGGUCACAUUGGAAUUUCUCUGUUCUCCGAAAUAAUGAUGCUUUUAGGGGCAUUGGUAUUCCUAUCCGCACGACUGAAGCUCAACAGUCAAUUACUGGCGAAGGCUUAG